GCAGUCUGGGCUCGACCACUAUCAAGACCCAUCAUGGCAGUCUGGACAGAUUGCUGCAAAAGGGCGAAGCGCCGAGCGGUGAGCGAUCCAUAAGUUGGGUCGUCGAUGGUGGAGCGGCGGGUUCGGGUGCUCUGCUCAAUGCCUCCUCCGAUGAGAGUGAUGAGAAGAAGAAGAAGGUGCUGGAAGAGGGCUCUCAACUGCCGCCCCCGCCACGCCCCCCCGUCGCGUUCGCAUGCCAAGCCCACGGCGAAGGAGGAAUUCGAUCGGGGCGUCGAGGUGGAGAAGUUCUAUCACCAGAUCAACGGGGACAUCUUCGAAAUCACGCGGAGAGUGCGAGCUCGCGAUGAGGAGACCAUGGAGCAGAAGUGCAUCCGCCGGAAGGGAUCCGUUCGGCUAACCGAACCCACUGGCCAUGCUCACGUGAGGAUCGAACAGAGACCGCAGUUGCCACCCAGGAGGCAGAAGAGCGCCGAGGAGGUGGCCACCAUGCCGAAGAGCGCUCUGCGCCAGCCUUCCGAGCAGCUGGAGUGGUUCGAUCGGCGGGCCCAGCAGCGCCACUCCGCCCGAUCCGCCGAAGGUGGCCAGGUGCGCGAGGAGACCAUGGAGUGGCUGAAGCUCCAGAAGACCGCCAGCCCGAUUCAGCCGGUGCGCACCUCCUCGGGUCCCAGUGAGAUUACGGUCCUCAAGGAUGAGCUACCCGACUGGUUGCUGGAGCAUCUGCCCCGUAAAAAGGAAAGGGAAAGGUUACCCUCGGAUGCUGAUAAGGCAGUGGGUUCCGCCUAUGCCAAGGCUCUGUCGGAGCUGCUGAAGAAACCCCUUUCCCGUCAGAGUUCCGGACCCUGUGAGUUCUCCCUCCUGAAAACGGACAUCGUGGAGUGGCUAACCAAAAUGCAGAGUGGUACAAGUGGCGGUGCGGAGAAGGGAAAAUCCCGUCGGUCGCAUCAUCGCCGGAAUGGCAGUGGUGGCGAUGCCCAGCCCCGUUCCAAUUCCCAGGAGGAUGCCCAGGAUCAGGCGAAGGCCAGCCAUCGCAAGAGGCACUCCUUGGGCCACAGUGGAGCCGUGAGUGAGGAGGAGCAGCAGCAGCUCACCGCCGAUUGGAUAGCGUAUCCCCUGCACAAGUUGCAAUCCUUGGGGAAGCAGCCACUAGCUCCUCAGCCGCCGGAACGGGUGAGCAUUCCCAGUGGCUAUGCGGUGCCCAGUGCCCUGUCGCACACGCCGCUCUGCCAGCGAAGGGAGGAGCGUUCCCGGGAGCGGAGACUGCGUCACUCGGCCAGCGAAGUGGUGGCAAGUGGUGGAGGAACCUCCUCGAAUGUAAAUACCACCCACUUGGAGCGACUCUACGCGAAGCCGCACAAGGAGCGGUAUCAGUAUGUGCCGAAGAAGGAGUCCAGUGGCAGCAGGAAGGAGCGCUCGCGGCGCCACCAGACCCAGCGAUCCGCCACGGUGUCCGACAUGUCCGCCCAGCGUUCCGGUGGCCACAAGCGCAAGUCCUCCAGCGCGGAACGCGCACCGCGCUCCCCAUCCCCCGGACCCUGCACCGACCCGGAUUGCCCGCUGCUGCCCAUCUGCACGGAUCCGCAUUGCAGGUACCAGGAGUGCCAGGCACGCCAGUGCAUCACGUCGUCGGUGAGCUCGGUCAAUCUCGCCCGGCAUCAGCAGUUGGCCCAGGUGCAGCUGCAUGCCGUUCCGGCUCAUUUGGUUGGAGCGAUGGGCUCCGAUGUCCCGACCACGCCCUCCACAACGGCCACGCCCCCGCCAUCGGGUGGGAUUUUGGGUUCGGCAGGGAUUCAGGGAAGCACUGGGGGAUUGGGAGUGGGAGUGGGAGUUGGAGUUGGAGCACCGGGAUUGCCACCCAGCGAGCGAAGGCUGGUCAUCUGCCAUGAUUGCCGGUCGUGCGCUCCAUUACUCAGCUGCCAGAAUCGCAAAUGCCUCAAUGCCGCCAAAUGCAACUCACUGCCUCGCUGUGCCGCCGACUUUAAUCGCCUGCGAACCCAACUGGCCCAGCCCCCGACGACCUUGGACGACAUUGAGCCGGCGCCACUCGAUGAUUUGGAGAUGCAGCCACUGCCAUCGCCACCGCAUCCGCAUCCGCAUCAUCACUACCGCAGCAAUUCCCAGCCAAAUACGUUGCAGCGCGGCGAUUCCGCAGCCAGUUCGAAUGGAGGAGGAGGUUUGGGAUUGGGAUUGGGCGGAGGAGGACAUCAUGGCAGAAUGGGCUCUGGAGCUCAGGGAUCGGGACUCGCCUGGCUGGAGCCCACAACCACACUAGUGCAACCACUGCCCGCCUAUGUGCACCACUCGAAUGGGAAGCUGAUGAAGUCCGCCUCGGCUGCCUCGUUGAACUCGCGGAGGAGGCGCCACAAAACGGUGCACUUCGGCGAGAACCUGCUGCGGGAGGUGUGCCAGAACAGGAAGCUCAUCAAGACGGAGGCCCAGGUGCCCUCCGGUUCGGCGCCCAUGAAGGCCAACAUCCAGAUGCUGUACAAUUUCGUGGAGGGAGUGCUGAGUGCCUGGGUCGACGAUGAUGAGGAUCAGGUUCGUUCUGGUGCGGAAUCGGAACCCGAACACGGGGUGGUGCCCAUGCAACCGAUCCACAGAUGCAACCGCCUGCGUUACCAGUGCAUCCGGCGCGUCGUCGAGGAGGCCGCCGAUCUCCAGGGAACGCUCAAGCUGGGCAACUCCCGCUAUCGCCAUCGCCAUUGGCGCAGCACCGCCAAGCAGUGCAACGAAAUGUUCCUUCGCAAGAUCUCGGACGAUGAUCGAAUGAGCCUAACUACCGCCGUUUCGGAUGAAGAUGAUGGGGAAAGUGUCAUGGCGUCACCAUAUAAAGCAAAGGCCACUGGCACCGCUGCAUCCUCCUUCAAUUGCACGGGAGCUGUUCGCAAAGCCGGCUUCCUAUCGGUAAAGAAAUGGUUACUACGCAAGAAGCACCAGAUCGAGCUGGCCAGGAAGCGGGGCUGGAAGGGCUACUGGGUGUGCCUGAAGGGCACCACGCUGCUCUUCUAUCCCUGCGACUCCCGCGAGGGCAGGAGCGUGGAGGCGGCGCCCAAGCACUUGAUUAUCGUGGAUGGUGCAAUUAUGCAACCGAUACCCGAGCACCCCAAACGCGACUACAUCUUCUGCCUGAGCACCGCGUUCGGCGAUGCCUAUCUCUUCCAGGCGCCCUGUCAGGUGGAGCUGGAGAACUGGGUGAACAGCAUCCAUAGCGCCUGUGCCGCCGCCUUUGCCCGUCACCGCGGAAAAACCGGGACCCUGCAUCUGCUCCAGGAGGAGAUCUUCCGCCUGGAGAAGGCCAUUGAGUCGGAUCACAAGCUGAAGCACAUGGCCGAGUUGCAGCAAUCGGUUGUCACCGAUCAGGAGACGCGUCAUCAGAUCCAGACGCAGAUACUGCAGUGGGAGGAGAACCUGGAGCGGCUCCACUGCGAGCAGUUCCGGCUGCGCUGCUACAUGGCCUCGCUGCAGAGUGGCGAGCUGCCCAAUCCGAAGUCGCUGCUGACUCACGUGUCGCGUCCCACGAAGAACACGCUGAACAAGCUGGGCGUGUUUACGGUCUCCUCCUUCCACGCCUUCAUCUGCGCCCGCUCCCCCUCGCUGCUGAACAACCUGCUCGCCGGACGCGGCGCCACCAAGCGGCGACCGCCGAUGCUGUCGCGGUCCAACAGCGGCUCCAGUCGACGCUCCAUGCAGAUGAAUUCACGUGACGAACCGGAAAAAACUUUCAAAGUUGCAAUGCCCGACAAUGCUUACUCGACAGUUUAUCUACGUGACGCGAUGUCUGUGGAGGAAUUCCUCGCCAGCGCCUGCGCCCGUCGCAACCUCAAUCCCAUGGAGCACUUUGUGCGCGUCAAGAAGCGACGUGACAUGGAGGAUCACAAUUACUUUGUGCCGCAUCGCAACGAUCUGAUUGAAAAUUAUCUACAUAAUCACGAGUUCGUGGAGGUGUGCAUGAAGAUCCUGUACCAGGUGGAGCUGCAGCGCACCACCCUCGAGCAGAUGUGGGGCUUCUCCGUGGAGGCGGAGCUGAUCGAGAACGCGGAGCGCCAGGACGAGCUCUGCUGCUACGUGAGUCGCGUCGAGGACAAGAGUGUGGCCAUGCACAAUGGCAUUAUCAAGGGAGACGAAAUAAUGGUCAUCAAUGGCGCAAUUGUGUCCGAUCUAGAUAUGAUGUACUUGGAGAGCGUCCUGCAGGAGGAACAAUCGCUCAGCAUGAUGAUGCGGUCUUCGCGCACUGAGCCACCAGAUCUAGUGGGGAUCAUGAGGGUAACGGACGAUAUGAUUGACUCGCUGGUGUGUCCGCCGCCGCCCACAGAUCCGCCGGUGAUGAGUGAGGAGAUGAUAACUGGACUGAUUGUUCCGGCUCCAGGUUGGAAUGGCACUAGCAAGGAUUUGUACUCGCCGGAGGCUGAAAGUUCGCCGGCCACCUCCUUCGUGGAUCCAGCCGCCAUGGCCGCCCAGCUGGCUGUGGGCGGGGGCGUGGUCGUAGGCGGACUGGGCGUGGCCAAGCCCACGUCGCGUACGAGCAGCUUUGAGAUUGAGAAUCUGCUAAAGACCGCGGAGCAAGUUACCGGAUUUUGUCGUUCACCCCAGGAAACACGCAAAUCGAGCCCCACUGGUUCGGUCACCUCGUCGGUCUCGACCACGGCAUUAACCCCAUCGCGCCAACUGACCGAUGCGGAGAAGCUGCGCAAAGUCGUCAUGGAACUGGUGGACACGGAACGCACCUACGUUAAGCACUUGAACAAUCUGCUGGAACACUAUCUGGAGCCCAUGAAGCGGGAGACAUUCCUCUCGAACGCCGAGAUCAACGCCUUGUUCGGGAACAUCCACGAGAUCGUCACAUUCCAGCGACAGUUCCUGCAGAAUCUGGAGGAGUCCUUGGACCUGGAGCCGGAGUUCAACAAGUUCGAGCACUGCGGCCAGUUUAGGAAUGUACUCUUUGCGAUUGGCUCGGCCUUCCUGUACUACGUAAACCACUUCAAGCUCUACUCCUCCUUCUGUGCCAGUCACAGCAAGGCCCAGAAAGUCCUGCAUCCAAACGAGGGCAAUCACGCCCUGCAGGAGUUCCUGGCAGCCCGGAAUCCCAAGCAGCAGCACAGCAGCACCCUGGAAUCGUAUCUGAUCAAGCCCAUUCAGCGCAUCCUCAAGUAUCCUUUGCUCCUGCAGCAAAUGCGCAACCUAACCGACACUCGGGCCGACGAGCAUGUGCAUCUCUGUGAGGCACUCAAGGGCAUGGAGAAGGUGGCCGAGCACAUCAACGAAAUGCAGCGCAUCCACGAGGAGUACGGCGCCAUAUUUGACCACCUCUUCCGGCAGCAUCAGAAGUCCUGCAAGCAGCCCAUCGACCUCAGUCCAGGUGAUCUCCUGUACUAUGGCGGAGUGGAGUGGUUGAACAUCUCCGACUUCCUGGGCAAGAUCAAGAAGGGACUGGAGCUGCAUGCCAUGUGCUUCGUCUUCAAGUCGGCGGUUGUGUUCCUCUGCAAGGAGCGACUGCGUCAAAAGAAGAAGUUGAUGGGCGUUUCUAGCAAGAAUGCCACCAAUGAGGUCGAGAUCAUUCGCUACCAGGUGCUUAUCCCGGUGACCGAGGUGCAGGUGAGGGCCAGUUCGGCCAAGGACAUGGACUCGCACUUCCUGUGGGAGCUCAUCCACCUGCGAUCGCAGUUGCAGCGUCGCUCCGAGAAGGUCUACGUGCUGUCGAACAGCACCGCCGACUUCCGCAACGCCUUCCUGAAGACCAUUCGCCAGAUAAUCCGCGAGAGCGUCCGGAACAUGUCAAUUCCGAUGAAGAACUUUGGCGGCAGCUCCGGCUCCGUCUCCGGACACUCCUCCCAGGGAAUGGGCAGCAUGGGCUACGCGGGCAACUCGCAAACGCUCGAAAGACCCAAACAGCAGAUCACCAUCGUUCAUGGCUCGCACACUCUGGGCAAACCGAAGAAGAAGUCGGGAUCGCAGCGCCACUCGGCUGGCAACAUUGACUACGACAACUUGUCGGGCAGCCAGGAGGCGGACGACCUGCCGCCGAGUGUGGGCGUGGUGCACUACGCCUCCGGCCACGCCCACGGCCAGCAGAUGCAGCCAAGUGGCUUUAGAGGUCGCAGCAAGACGGUGGGCGAUGUGGCAGAAAUCACCUGUUCCUCCCCAGAUCCCCAGCAGCAGCAGCAGCAACUGCAACAGCAGCAGCAACAGCAACUGCAGCAACAGCAGAUGCAGCAGGGUCACGCCCAUGCCCACCCACACCCACAUCCGCACCCCAGGGAGCCGCCACCACCCCCGAUCCGGCAGCCACAUCUGCACCACCACAGCUCGGACAUCGAGCGGAUCGAUCCGGGAACGAAGUCGGAGGGGGAGGAGGACUCGCAGCAGGGCACAAUCAGGCCCAAGGCCACUUUGGGUCGAACGCCCAAUCACCUGACGUUGAGCACCACAUCGACACUUUCGGUGGGCAGCACCGGCAGCCAGGCGCGUCUGAUACAGUCGUCGCAUCCGCCGGCCAGUUACCAACCGGUGCUGAUGAAGGACCUAGGUAAGCCCAGCCCGGAUGAGUCGGAACUCGAGUCGGAGUCGGAGGCGCAUGCCGUCCAGGUGGCGGCCUCCUUUAACUUAAGUCUAGGCAGUAGUGGUAGCUUGUUCGCCUCCGAUCCCCGCGACAAUCUCAAUCAGAAUCUAAGUCAGACUCAAUCCCAAUCCCAAUCCCAAUCCCAAUCCCUGCACCCAUCCCCGCGACAAUCGCCGCGUCAGUCGCCGCGACAGUCGCCCAAACAGGACAUCGAGGUGAUUGAGAUUUUCGAGAGCGAGGCCGAGCGAAUGGCCGCCUCGCAGCAGGUGGCCGUUGUCCAUCAAUAUCAUGGGGAUCAGGCCAGGGAAUCGGGGCAUAAACCCAGACGCGAUCGCGAUCGUAACCCAAAUGAAACGGAUGCCUCGGCGCGUUUCAUGGACAAACAUCUGAGUGAUCUGGAGCAGGAGAACCUGGCCGACGGCACCUGCGAUAUUGUGGCCUACAUGGAGAGUCUGCGCGAGAAGGCCUUCGAUCCACAGGAUCUCGCCGAGGAGGCCAAUGAUCAGCAGCAGAAUGACUCGAGUCUCUCGCCAGAACCACAAACCAUUGUGGAGAACACCCAGCAAACGGUGGUCGUGGAUAUUGAAUCUCCUUCGCGACCUGCGACUGAAUCGGAUAGUACUGGCACCACCACAGGUCCUUCGGAGAGAUCCGAGGAUGAAACAGAGGAGGAGGCCACCACAAGUUCCCUGGCCUCGCACAUUGUGGUGAUUGACAAGAAGGUGGACAAGAUAUUCAAGGCUAAAUCCCCUGAAAGACCUUCUUCCACUAAAAUAAAGGGAGGGAGGCGACAGAUAUAUAUCUCCCCCGAUCGCUGCAAGUCGCAGGGAAGUUCUCCUGUGAGGAUCAUCAAGAUAAAGUCACCUCGCACCAGUUUGAGUGAUCAGGGUAAAAGGUUGAGUGUGUGCUCCUCCAGGGACAACUCGCAGGAUCGUCUGUCGGGUGGCAGAAGGACACCGAGUCCUCGUCGCUCCUCCGAAGGUGGUGGCAUCCUAAAACACACCAGUGGACCGGCUCCUGGCAUCCUGAAGCCUCCCUCCAGUCCCUCGAAGUCCAAGAGUCCCGAUAGAAGUUGCCUGAAGAAGGGAGGACCCUCGCAUGUUUGCAGUGUGGAGACUCUUUCACCUCGAGUUUCACCCAGAGGCAGUAUGGAUCACUUAUCCCCAGAUCGGGGAAUGAUUAGCAGUUCCUGCCUGCGGCACUCACCUCGCAGCAGCUUCGAUAGCCACGGGGAGUCGGAUCACAACCUGGAUGUGCCACACGGCAGUCGCAAGAGGAGCAUGUCUGCCCAUGGAAGUUUCGAAACUGGAACACGACCAAGGACUCAGGAAACGUAUCAGUACUAUCCGGUGUACGACAACCAGACGUGCAGUGAUCACUAUGUGGCUGCGGCUCCCACUGGACGAUAUGGCGCUGCAGGAAGUGGCAACAGGAGCAGGCUGAGCAAGUCCCUGGAGCGAUCCACCUCGAGGGACAGCACCACCACAAGCAGUUCUUAUGGCCAUCGAGCUUAUGGCGUCUCCCCGGAACGGAACUACGUGGUCUACAGUUCGGGGCCACUGCGUUCGCAAUCCGCUGAGAACACCUUCUCCUCGCAGCAACCCAUCUACGAUCCCUUGCCACGGCAUCCGCCACAACCGAUCAACCCGCAGCAGUACAUGGGUUAUGUCCCGGAAGUGAGUGGCUAUGGCGGUGGAUGCCAGCAUGAACCGCAGCCUGGUUAUCAACUGAGCUCCUCCGCACCGGAGUACACCACGUGCAUCGACUGUUUGUACCAGAAGAGACCCUCCUAGCAUAAGUCCCGCGUGCGGCAGAGUCGCACGCGGAAGAAGACGCCACGUGGCAUGGUGGUGGUGAGUGCCCAGCCCACGGCAACCGGUGGCAUUGGAUUCGUGCCCGAAAUGGGAGCCACCGAAGCUCCAGGCGGUUGCGUCGACUGUCACGACUACUUCGAGAUCCAUGUCUAAGGAAAAUAAUCUACAAUAUAACCGAAAACACUCGUAAACUCUAAUCUGACUACUAUUUUCAAAACCAAAGAUAACAAAGAUCAACCCGAAAUGCCUCAACGAAACUAAUUUUAACCGAACUCAGCUCAGAUAUACGUAAACUCUUAACGAAAACGCAAAUGCAAAUGCAAACUAUGUAAACAGAGUAAUCAAACGAAGAACGCGAACUUCCGACACAAGGGAUUGAAAUCAAAAAGACCUAACAUACUAUACUAUACAGUAUAUACAAUCUGAUAUGAUAUAUAGAAGAAUGGCACUCUUGGCCGGAUUGUUAAACCUUUGAGCCCCGUGCAUUCGUAUUUCGUUGUUUAAGUGUUAGCAAGUAAGUCACCGAACCUGAGCGUAGUUAGCUCUUUUAGCGCAGCAGCAGCAGCAUAUUUACGUGUGUAGUUUGUACCGAAAACCGAAAAACUAAUCAAAGGAUGGGGGUUGCUAAUCCCGCAGAGGAAGAGGUUGCAUAAUGGGUGUGUGCCACCGUUUUCCAGUUAAUUAUUUAAGUUGCAGCCGAGCUGAGCGCGAACAUUUCGCCGUGAUUUACACACAGAAAAUACUAACACACACAUACACAGCCGUACACUCGCAUACGCAUAUACACACACACAUUAACAAACGAAAUGGCGGAAGUUCCGCUCGCCUCGGGUGGCAAGUAGAAAUAUAACGUAUACGCCGCGUUGCACACACAAUACUCAAGUGCCGUAAUUACGAGGGCAAACAACAGAAAAGGGCAGCAGUAGCAGCAGUAAACUAAAGUUGAAAUUCAUACUCGCACUCAAGCAAACUACUAAGAGACAGGCAGACGAACAAAUGGCAAACUCAACUUGAAACAUAGAUGGGAAAAAUAAGACAGCCAGCAGCAGAAAAAAAAAACAUAAAAGUAAACCUAAACUAUAUAUAUAUAUGCACUACACAGACAUAUAAACACACAUACUCACAAACACACACACACACACACAGACACACAGAGACACGCAGGUUAAAAGUUCGGGAAAAGUCGCUAACUAACUAUUAGCAGAGGGUGGAAAAAUGGCGGGGGGGAAACGCUGGAAAACUUUGUCAUUUCCGCAAAUGAAAUCAAAAAUUUUUAAUCACCCAACCUGGCGAAAUGGAUCUGCAACUGAGCUGGCUUUUGGGUCGAGUGCCAAUAUUCCAGGGGUUAACAUGACAUAUACCUAACAAGAGUAUACCUAUCGACGGGGAUUAUUUACAUAAAGAAAACUAGACAAAAAAAAAUAAAAGAAAAACAAAAAAACGAACAUUAGUUAGUUAGAAAAUUUUGCCAAUUUGCACGUUUGUGCGAAAAACGGGCAUCGGUGUGUGUACCAAUAAUGUUGUGACAAAUAAUUUGCAUAUAUGCAUAUGGUUUUUUGUAUGAUUUUUAUAGGUUUUUAUAGAUAUAAACAAAUAUACAUGCAUAUACAAGUCGAAGGGCAAAUCAGAUGAAACAUUUUCCGCAUGGGUUUUCCACCACCAUUUCCGUUCACACACUCCAAUUAAAUCAGCAAAAUACAAUAAAACGAAUGCAAAUCAAAACGGGGAUGUAUUCAGAGAAUGAUAAUCGUAAGUCGUACCUCAAUGUUCAUAAAUGGGUAAUCGUAAUCGUAUAUAUGUAACCCUAGGUAAAAAAAAAUCAACCUAUAAAUGUAUAACCAUCCUCCCUGUUUCGAGGCGCAAGUCGGGAAUUCCCAAUCGAAUUCUCGGCUCAAGCCGCCAAACUCUCGACUAAAUAUAUAGACAGUGGUUAAGGUCAAACAAAUUUCAGGUUGUUGUAACGAAAAUUCAAAGCAGAAUAAAAAAAACAAACCAAAGGAAAACAAUGUCAAAAUAGAUAAGUUUAAGCUUCAAGAACGUUUACAGUUUACAGUUUACACUGGGCUUCACAGCAGCAAAAUCAAAACAAGAUAAGAAAACAAACAUUCUCAAAAAUCAAAAUAUACAUCGUAAAUACGGCAUAUAAAUAUACAGCAGCAUAUACGGCAUAAAUGUUAAACGAAAUCGAAAAACCGUGGAAUCCUCGGAUGGAAAACCUCGGAAAAAUAUAUACGAAAAUAAAGGCAAACUAAAUAGAGAUAAGAGGCGGCAGCAGAGACAGCAGAUAGCGAACAGCGAACAUUUAAGAGUAACGGUAAAGCUAAAACAAAUAUCAAAUUCAACCGGUAAUCCAUGUGUGCACACACCCACACGGUCAAACACCGAAAUCCACUAAACAAAUAAUCGAAAAAUCAACAAACUAACGGAAAACUUCAAAAAUCAAAUUCAAAUUCAAAUUCAAACGCGUAAACCAAAACUAAAGCGAGCACACAUAACUAAUAAUGGAAACUCCAAACUAAAUCGAACUAACAAACUAAAAAGCAAACUAAACUAAGGCAAUUCAAAUGCAAUUAACGAAAUGGCAUAUGAGAUAAAAGUAAAUACAUAAAAUACACAAACAAAUAAAUAUCAACGGAGGACAAGAACGAAAGCCAAUAAACCCAUGGAGUUUAUGCACCGACUCUCUGGCUUCUCCCCCUCUCAAUAAACCUCUCGAAAAACCCCUUCCCUCGAUUAGUUAUGCAUUUAAAUUUGUUUAGUAGUUGCUUAGCAGGUAAGUGCAAUAUUUAUUUGUAAUUAGGCAAACGAAGCUUGUUGACGGAGAUGAGCACUUGAAUUGAAUUGAAUUAGUAAUUAAACAAUUUUACGGGUGAUAUUUCAUUUUGUCUACUACACACACAAUUAUCUCAAAGAUAAUUAAAAACCCCAAAACCACACAAAACGAAAAAAAAACAAAACAAUUGACUCGAAUAUUGUUGAACUCAGUUAGAUAUAUAGUCGUAAGUCGUAAGUCGGAGUCAAAGUUGGAGUUACCUUAGGCAUGUUAAGUUCAUAGGUAUUAUUUUCCCGCCCAUUCGAUGCAUUUGUGUGUAUCGUGUAUCUCUUUAUAGCGUAUCUGUGUAUCUGUUGUGUCUGUUACAAACACUUGAUAUUAUUAGUUGGCAUCGCUUGAUUAACAAACCAAAAAAAACCAAAACGAACUUGAUUAUAUCAAAAAAAAAAAUGAAACUCAACUUGCAAGUUUUCCGUUUCAAUUUGAACGUUUUGCAUUUUCUCAAUCAAUAUCACGAAUAAUAUAAAAGGAGUGUGCCGAAGAUCUAAAGCAAAAUCUUGUAAUGCUGAAUGCCAUGCCAACCGAAAGAGAGCAAUGCUAAUGCCAAGUCCAUUAUAAUCGAUCUAUAUAUAUUUAUCUAACUAUAUAUGUCUUAUGGUUACACACACGUGCCCCACAACUCAACCACUCCACUGCUCCCCACCACCAAGAAUCCAGAUUUUAUCCAGAUUUAUUCGGCAUUUUUCCACACAUAGAAACGCAAUUACAUAUUUUCCCAGAAAUUUCAUUUUCUGUUUUCCGUACAACUUUUUGUGUGCCAAACUAAAUAAAAUUAAAAUUGAAUUGAAUUUUUGUGAAACUCUCAUCUACGCACAACUUUUAUCCAUCGUUUUUUGAAUCACGCUCUUUGACUUUUGCAUCUGGAAAACUAAUUUCGAAAUUAGCAAGUGGGUUAGCUGAAAUGCGAAACAAUUUCAAUUUCACUACUCACUCCACCACAAUUUUCCAAAUUAUAAACUUCCCUUUUCCCUUCAAUCCAUAUAUAUAUAUAUAUGUACAUAAAUUUCUCUCAUUCAUUUUGUAUACCGAAUUGGAGCCCUUUUAAUCGAGACACACGAAAAACAGAAGAGGCAGAACGAAAAAUGUUGGCAUAAAUGCAAAACUUUUGAUAAAAAAUUCGAAAAUUUGCCCAGUCUUGCCAUGGUAAAAAAAAAUGUUAAGCAAUAAAAAUGUCAGUUAACUAGAAAGUGAACCAAGCGAUGUCAACAUUUUAGCCAACACAACUGUACCCGAAACCGAAACCCGUUAAUCACCAGUAUUAGUUGUUGAAUUAGCUGUUAAUCACUCCCACUGCCCCGCCCCCAGCCCCAAAAACCCCAAACUAUAUCAAGUAGCGAACCCCGCUUGAAGUAGUGCUCAUUACAUUAAACAAUAAUUAGUUUUGCUUAUAUUUUUUAACCGAUAAAGAGACCAGAGUGUGAAAAAAAAGCACUCUGGUCACUUUGCUUGCAUGUUUUUUAACUAAACGAAUCCGAAUUGGCCACCAUUUACUUAUGAAAAUCUGUUCGACACAAUUGUAUAUAACCAAUUGGAGAUGCUACUCUCCGCCCACUUGCUCUUUCUAACUCUUUCGCUCUCUAAAUCUAUAUUUUCUAUCUGAACUAAACCAAAAAAAAAAAAAAAAACAAACGAUAUUAAAACCAAAACUACAAAUUAAGUUCUGCAAAACCAAACCGAAAA